GAGCGAGCCGGUGAAGCGCCGGGUUUUUACCAGAAACGAAGCCGCUCGUCUCAUGUUGAAACACCGUAAGGUCGUUUCCAGGCAGCUAACUUCGUGUCGUGGCACAGCUAAACAGCUUGCAGACAAAGAAAGCUACUUCUUUGCCGUGAACACUGCCAGUGCCCUGGCAACCUGUCAGUGUCAGGAUGGCUGUUAAUAAAUCCAAAGUCUCAGUCGGAUUCAUAGUAGUAGGCGUCCUGACUGCGUUAUUCGGUAUCGUUCUCGUUUUUGUGGGGCCAAUAGUCAUCGAUGACCAAGUAGUAAAGAACACCAUCAUUGAUCCAAAGAAUGACCUCUCCUACACCAUGUGGAAGGACCUCCCUGUGCCCUUCUUCAUGUCCGUCUACUUUUUUCAUGUCCUCAACCCUGAGGAGAUCCUGAAGGGAGAAAAGCCCAUGGUGGAGCAGAGAGGACCGUAUGUGUACAGAAAGCAGUGUCGGAAGGAAAACAUCACUUUUCACCCCAACAGCACCGUGUCCUACAGAGAAUACCGCAGAUACUUCUUUGAGCCCUCCAUGUCGGUUGGGAACGAGUCUGACGUCAUCACCAUUCCCAACAUGUUGGUGCUGGGCGCAGCGGUGAUGCUGGAGGACCUGCCCUUUGCAGUGCGGCUGUUGAUCAGCUCCACCUUCAAGAUGUUCAAGGAAGGUCCCUUCCUGACCAAGACGGUGGAAGAGCUGAUGUGGGGCUAUGACAGCAAACUGGUCGAGUUCCUCAACAAGUACCUGCCGGGCAUGCUGCCGUCCACAGGAAAGUUUGGCCUCUUUGCAGAGUUUAAUAACUCCAAUACUGGUCUAUUCACCAUCCACACCGGGAGAGAUGACAUCAGAAACGUCCACAAAGUCGACUCCUGGAAUGGCCUCACUGAGCUGAGCUACUGGAGGACACCUCAGUGUAACAUGAUCAAUGGAACAGCCGGGCAGCUGUGGCCUCCUUUUAUGACAAAAGAGACCACUCUGCCUUUCUACAGCCCAGACGCCUGCAGAUCUCUGGAGCUUGUGUAUCAGCGACCAGGCGUGAUGAAAGGCAUCCCUCUGUAUCGAUAUGUCGCUCCCAAGACCAUGUUCGCGAAUGGGACGGAUUAUCUUCCAAAUGAAGGCUUCUGCCCCUGCAGACAGUCUGGGCUGCUCAACGUCAGUAGCUGCCGCUACAACUCUCCGGUCUUCAUCUCUCAUCCUCACUUCUUUAAUGCUGAUCCUGUGCUGCUGGACUACGUGCUGGGUCUUGACCCCACUGAGGAGGAGCACGGCCUUUUCAUUGACAUUCAUCCUCUCACAGGUGUCCCUCUGAAUGUCUCCAUACGUCUACAGCUUAACCUCUACAUGAAGAGAAUAUCAGGAAUUACAGAAACUGGAAAGAUUUCUGAGGUGGUGAUGCCCAUGCUGUGGUUUGAGGAGAACGGAUACAUUGAUGGACCAAUCCUCACUACGUUCCACACUAACCUGGUUAUUCUCCCUGCUGUCAUGGAGUGCAUGCAGUACAUCUUCAUAGCCCUCGGCCUGCUCACCACCAUAGUGGCCGUCCUGGUGUAUUACAAAGUCAAGGCAACCAGUAGUGAGGAGGGUAAAGGCUCACAUGGCUUUGAAACACAGGACAAAAGUAUGAGGUAUUCAGGCAUGUGAAGGAGAUGCCUUUCUGAGGGAAAGCACGAGCACUUCAACUCAUGAACGAACCCCUCUGCUUCAAGACAAGCCGCACUGACAUACUCCCCCCCAAAAAACAAAAAAAAAACAACUUGUACUGACUCAGCUGCUGAGUCAGAUAUGGAACAAGAUACAAAACGCCAUAUUACAUAAACCGAAAGUUUACAAAACACUCAGCCAAAGAUGGUCGCUGACUUUUUCAGGUUUGUUAAAACAAUCAACCGCUUACAUGUGUAACCGUUUUAAAUAUGCAAAUUUUUUUCCCACUGUUGUCAUCUCAGAUAAUCUAUUUUAUUCGCCUCAUCAUUUCAUCAUCAACGACAGCAGUGGAUAGAAACUGCAGGGAUUUUGGUUUCACUUUGACUACAAGGGAGCAAAUUAAAUUUUUUUAGCCAGAUGUUUUGUAUUUUAACCACACAUGUGCCUUCAUCAUGGGAAUUUAUUGAGUCCAGUUGAUCUCCUGUGUUGUUGCUUUCUGUUUACACUGAAGAGUCUGGAGAUUAAACUGAACUUGUUUUUAACCCUUACCACAGUUUUGCACAUACAGCUGUGACAAUCGUCGAGUCGAGCAGAGGAGACGCACUCCUUGUUAUAUACUACUGUCUUUUGUUAGAGUUUAAAUGUAUAUGUCCGGGAUGAUGCAGAUAACGCUGUUUGAUGUCCAGCACACGUUUCUUGUGUAAAAAAAACCCCGUAUUAAAUAAGAGUAACAUGCAUAUAGAAAUAUACUGAUGUUUGACAUCAGUUUAGACUGAAGUUCUCCGAGAUCUUCAGUCUCUCUAUCUUCUCAUUUUCAGCAGAUGUUAACCUGUACUGUCUUUUUUUAAUUUGUGGAAGGAAUAAAUGUUAAUGAAAUGAUCUGAAUAAAGA